AUGUUUUCUUCCAAGAACCCAAAUAUUCCCUUCCAGGAAGACAUUGUGUGGGAAAAGGAUCUAUCUCUGCCUAUCCAGAGAUUCUCAUGUCUAGUCGACACCAUCGUGGAAGCGCCAGGUCAAUUUGUUCAUGGAAUGUGGCUAUUCACAUACAGUGAUCUCAAGACUAUUAUUGCCACGAGUUUUGGAUUCGCACUUCUGACAUCCCUCGGAGCAUCAGCAUUUGGGGUAAAUCCCGCUCCUGCAUGGGCCGUAUGCCUCCAGCGUGUGCCAGUCGUGGUCCUGUGGGCAUGGCUGAACCUUCUUCCAUUCACGAUCGACAAUCAGCGCCAAGACGAGGCUAUCAUGGAGGAUUCCAUCAACAAACCGUGGAGGACUAUGCCGCGAGAGUUAAUGACGCCGCAGGACGCACAGUCGGUGAUGUUCAUAUUCUACACGAUGGCAUUGGGUACCAGCUCCCAGAUCGGUGGAUUGUUCCAAUGCAUCUCGCUGAUCGUGCUGGGGUUCUGGUACAACGACGCCGCCGGAGCUGAUGUGAGCUGCAUCACGCGCAAUUUGAUCAACGGAAUCGGCUUCAUGUGCUAUACCUCCGGUGCUUUGCAUGUUGCAUUAAACCCAUACCAAUGGCGCCAAUUCAUCCAGGAAGACGGCCCCGGUCUCCCAUGGUUGGCGAUGAUUGGCCUGAUGGUGUUUACGACUGUGCAGACACAAGACUUGUACGAUCAAGCUGGGGACAGUGCCCGAGACCGGAAGACCCUCCCCCUGGUCAUCGGAGACGCUAAUGCGCGCUGGGUGACUGCGGCAUUGAUGUUAUUUUGGGGCGUCUUGACUCCUUCCUACUGGGGCUGGGCACAAACUGGGCAGGGUAGAGUCUUAUUCUGGGGUGGGUCCUACAUGGCAGCUCUGGCGUGCAUCAUUGCAGCACGUACUCUCACCUUCCGGUCUGUAUCCGCCGACAAGAAGACUUUCUUGCUGUGGAAUCUAUGGUUAGUGUCGAACUAUGGCCUGCCAUUGUGCGCUACUCUAGGAACAGCUAGCGGAGCAUGA